GACUUCUACGUCUAAAGAAGCAUGGGACGGCAUAAGGAAUGUUCAUGAAUCAAAGGGAUCCGUAAGAAAGAUUAUCUAAGAAUAUAAUUGAAAUCAUGAAUAAGAAGGGAACAUAUAAACCAUGUGCGGGUAUCGACUCGGGAGAUGAAAUCGUAAUUUCUGGCAUUGCUGGUAGAUUUCCAGAUUCAGACAACAUGAAUCAGUUACGAGAAAAUCUAUUCAAUAAAGUUGAUCUCGUUAAAGCGGAUCAUGGUCGUUGGAAAGCAGAACAUCCGGGCAUACCAAAGCGUAUGGGAACAAUCAACAAUCUGCAAAAAUUUGAUGCAGAUUUCUUUAGAUUCUCUUUCGAGCAAGCAUACGCAUGUGAUCCAAUGAUAAGAAUAUUAUUGGAGCAUUCUUAUGAAGCUAUUAUCGAUGCGGGAAUUAACCCAAAACAGUUACGAGGAAAAAAUACUGCAGUCAUCGUAGCGAUAUCUUUUGUUGAAACACAAGAGAAACUUCUAAGUACGGAUCUACAGAUAAACGGUACAAAUUUCGUUGGAUGCUUAAGGUCUACAACAGCAAACAUGAUUUCGUAUUUUCUGGAUCUGAAAGGACCAUCCUAUACAGUCGAUACCGCAUGCAGCUCUAGUUUAUAUGCUUUU